CAAUAACCAACAGCUUCUUCUUUCCAACUAUUAACAAUCUAUAAUGAUGGAGUCAGAGGGUCAGAAGAGCUUCAAUAAGAUGGAAGAUCAUAAAGCUAGUGAUGGUCAAUUGGACCAAGAAACAUGUGUAAAAAAGGAGAAUCAACAGGCUGACACGCCCUUCUCCUUAUCUCAACUCUGGCAACAGUUGGUGAAUACUGAAAAGAACAUCGAGAAGAAUCAAGACGAAUCCAAUGAAUCUGGGGAGUGUCCCAAAAACGUUAGUAUUGUAAUAUUAGGUAAGAAAUAUGUGGUGUCAAGCAUUAACGAUAGUGAUGUUGAAGAAGAUAUAUAUUCGAGAAUAUGGCUAACAUAUAGAACAGGCUUUGAACCCAUUCCGAAGGCUAUGGAUGGACCUCAGCCAUUAGGGUUUAUUCAGUCGAUGAUUUUUAAUAGAAAUAUAGCUAGCACCUUUAAUAACAUGCAUGGGUUUGUCGAUAAUGAUAAUUUCACAACUGACGUUGGCUGGGGGUGUAUGAUAAGAACUUCACAGUCGUUAUUAGCCAAUACUUAUCAGAACUUAUUAUUAGGCAAAGACUUUAAGUUUCAAGUUGAAGAACAAAACGAACUACAUAAUAAGCUUAUCGACGCAUUCAAGGAUAAUUAUGAUCGACCAUUUUCCAUACAUAACUUUAUCCAAGUUGCAUCUGAGCUGCCUUUACAAGUGAAGCCGGGCCAGUGGUUUGGCCCAAAUGCUGCAUCAUUAUCAAUCAAAAGAUUGUGCAAGAAGCUCAAUAAUCUGACCAAUGAAGAAAACUUGCCGCAGCUUGAAGUCUUGAUAAGUGAAAGCUCUGACAUUUACGAUGACGAAGUUUCUCAAAUAUUAAACAGUACCAGCAUCUCUGGCUUAUUGAUUUUGCUUCCAGUAAGGUUAGGAAUUGAUAAAAUUAAUUCAAUAUACCAUUCAAGCAUUUUGAAGUUUCUUGCCUUGGAUCAAUCAGUCGGAAUAGCUGGAGGGAAACCAUCUUCAAGUUUCUACUUCUUCGGUUACGAAGAACCAGAUAAUUUGCUUUAUCUUGAUCCACAUUAUCCACAGUUUGUUAAAUCGGAAUAUGAUGCUUUCCAUACUAAAAGAUACCAAUCUUUAAAUAUAAACGAUCUUGACCCCUCCAUGAUGAUCGGGGUUUUGGUGAAAAAUGUUGAUGACUAUCUCCAAUUCAAAUCGGAUUUGCAGGCUGAUGGGAAUAAAAUAGUUCAUUUCCAUUCAAGUAAAGAAGUGAAACAAGUAAGAAGGGCCUCUACAAAGACAGACGUUCCCUCGGCCAGACAGAGACGUAACUCUGAAUUCGUUCACGUCGAUACUAAAGACUGCCAUGACGAUUUUGUCAGUGUUGCUGAUAGAAAAGAGAAUGAUGACUUUAUUGAUCUUGCUGAUGAAUUUGAUGAUCCAGAAUCAUUACCAAGAGAUGUCAAUGGCGAAGAAGAUCAUCAAUAUAACACUCUGGAGAAUGAAAAUGGCCAUCUAUUGUCCAACUCAGCUGAUUCUGGAAACAAGGAUGAUACCGUAAAUGUUUCCAGGCCAGGGUCUCGACCAAGUGAAAGUUUUGAUUUCAUAGAGAAGGUUUCUUCAACGCAAGUUGAAGUUCUUGAUGAUAACUAGGAUUUUUUACUGAUCUUAAAGAAAUUGGUAUAAAUGAACCCCUCCAUCGACAACCAUAUAGAGCCAUAGCUACAUAUAACUUGCUGGCAGGUUAU